AUGCACAGCUCGACGCAACGCACUCAGCAAGUGCAAUCUCAAGCAGGGCCGUCGUCGGACUCGAACGCGCGCAAGCGCGUCGGCGUCAACGCUUCGUCUGAUGCAGCAUCGUUCGUCUACAACCCGAGACAAGAUGCGCGGGAUCGUCGCAAAGUGCGGUCGGACUAUCGAGCGCUCAUUGCGAAAGCGGAGGAAUCCAAGCGCGACUCGUCUCUGAAACCGUCGGACCUGGUGGACUUGAUUGCCAAAGUAGAUGAACUGCACGAGAGAGUGGUUGCACCUAGCGAAAGUAUUCUGGAUACCAAGACGCUAACUUCGAUGUCCGAGAUGGGCGCACGUAUGGCUAAGAAGAUGAAGCUGAAUGCGGAUGCGUUUGACACGCACGAGUUCAUGUCGAGGCUGGCGCGGUACUUGGGUGGACAAGCCGCGCCAGUUCGAAGAGCCGGCAAUAUCGACGAUGAUGACGAACAAGUCGAGAUAGACAUCAACCAGUGGCAGUGGUCCAAAUUGGGCCGUUUAUCCGCCUCGCUAAGCAAGCGUGCUGUGACGAUGGAUUUCCUGCUUGGUCCACUCGAGAUUGCCCCGAAACAACGCAGAACCAUCACGCAGCGGAGGCAAGACGACACGCCCGCCGAACGCACCGCUCCGCGUGCACUCCAACAGCAGGACUUGCAGGAUUCGGCUGGAAGAGAAUCCACGUCUGCCAUCCGAAAAGUGGCUACGCUCCUCCAGCAACAGGGCCCCGCCGGUGUCUGCCUGUUCCGCUUCGCCGUGGAUCCAGAAAGCUUUGUCAACACGGUGGAGAAUUUCUUCCACGUGAGCUUUUUGAUAAAGGAGAACAGGGCGUCACUCAAGACGGAUGCCGACGGCAACGCGGUACUGACCAUCGCUACGCCGCCCACCGAGGACGAUGAACAGGUAGACACAGACAAGCCCGAACACGUCGGCAGGAGUAAGCAGUUCAUCAUGGAGAUCGACUAUCCAACGUAUUUGGAGUCGAUCCAGCUAUACGCCAUCAGCGAGAGCGUCAUACCGACCAGGAGCAAUAGAGUCAAUUCGCUGAGUGGCAGGCUGGCGCUCGACAAGGUGAGACAGUGA